AUGCAACACAACGGAGCAGAGCAAUCAAAGGGAAGUAGUCUUCUAAAAGCACCGAAAAGAGCGACUAUUGUCGUCACGCCGAAAACACCGCCGAAAAAACGCAACAGAUUGAGGAAUAUGUUCGAUUUUGGAACUGCUAGAGAAAACAGAACACAACCGUCAAUUUCAACGGUUGAGCAAACGCAACAAAUGUCAAGUCAAGAACUACCCGCUCUCGAUCCAACACUACCCAGUAUCGAUACAGUCCCAUCUAACGGCACUCUUGAUGUACGGCUGUUACUGUUCUGUUGA